AUGGCAGAUCGUAAGCUGGAAGCUUCCUCAGAAUUGGAUUUAUUAGAGGACAUGAUACACCCCAUUUCGGGUGAUAUGAAACCCUCUCAUAUUCAUGAGCACCGCCAUCUUCACCAAGAACUUCGUUCCAAGUGUGAUCAUCAUCAGCCUCACCAAAACAAUCACAGCUACUGUCAACAAGAUGAGCCAAAGAUAACUCCUGAUGAACUAGUUUCUACAAACAUCAAAUCCCUUUGGAUUGUUAUUCCUUUUCUUAUUCUUUUUCUUCUUAAAGAAGCGGCGCUACAUUCUACUGGUCUUUGGGUGUUGGUGUCGCUGUUUGUUAGUUCCUACUACCUCAACACUCGACUUACUAAUGCAACUCAGGGCUUUGAACCUCCCAUAUAUGCUCUUGUGACAUCAUUAAUUGUCUGCGCUGCCCUUGUACUUAUGCACAAUAUUUGGAUCGUCAAGAGGAACAAAAUCUACCUCGGUUUGUUCUGCGUGCCGAAUGCCAUUCCAAGCAGUGACUGGGUCUCCCUCCUGUGGGCGGUAAUAGUGGUGGACUUCAGUCUCAAGAUAAUCACCAUCUUUAUCAAAUCCGUCCUCGUAUAUUUCACUCCGCGCCUCUUUCACAUCUCGACGCGAAGUGGCAUUCUCGUAUGGAUGGAGUUUACCUCUCAGUUUUAUCGCAGCAUUCCCCCUGCAGUGACGUGGAUUCGUCACCUCACCGGCAGCAUCACUCACUCACUAUGUUUUCGGAUCAUCUUCUGUCUUCUCUACGUUCUGCUCAAGGUGCAGUUCUGUUGGUCAUCUUAA